AUGAAGGGCUUCUGCUCUACUGAGACGAGCUGUGACCAAGAAACCUGCUCUCCUACCAGCAGCCCCGCGAGCAAAGCAGUGCAAGAAAGCUGCCAAGAGUCCAAUGAGAAGCCUAUCAGCUGCCUACCAACCAGUUGUGACAGUGGCAACAAUAGCACAUCUGCUUGCUCUCCAGUUACUUCUGAUGAGCAGGGAUCCCAUCAAGGAAAUGACUACCAUUCAAUCACAGACAGUAGGAACAGUUCCUGCCAGCCAGUUUCCUGGAGACAGUCUCUGAGAUGCCAUCCUCAACAUUAUCAGACCUAUGGCUACCAACCUGGGAACUACAUGCCCUAUUGCUGUCAACCUUUGAGCUACCUAAACUAUGGUCUUCAGCCCAUGAGCUACAUGACCUAUGGCCGUCAACCCUUGAGCUACUUGUCUUAUAGACGUCAACCUCUUAGUUACAUAUCUGACUAUCACAGACCCAACAACUAUACAUACAGUCAUUUUCAACCAUUUUAUUCUCUGAAUGACUGGUAG